CUUCUCGCUACAGGCCAGUUCAGUGGAGCAGCUGCGGAAGGAGGGCAAUGAGCAGUUCAAAUACGGAGACUACGAGGGCGCCCUGUCCGCCUAUACCAAGGCCCUGAGUCUGGACGCGGCGUCCCAGGACCAGGCCAUUCUGCACCGGAACCGGGCUGCCUGCUACCUCAAGCUGGAAGAUUAUGGCAAAGCGGAAACGGAGGCAUCCAAAGCCAUUGAAAAGGACGGCGGGGAUGUCAAAGCCCUUUACCGGCGGAGCCAAGCCCUAGAGAAGCUGGGCCGCCUGGACCAGGCCGUCCUGGACCUGCAGAGAUGUGUCAGCCUGGAGCCCAAGAGCAAAGUGUUCCAGGAGGCCCUGCGGACCAUCGGGGGCCGGAUUCAGGAGAAGGUGCGAUACAUGUCCUCGACGGAUGCCAAAGUGGAACAGAUGUUUCAGAUCCUACUGGACCCCAAAGAGAAAGGCACAGAGAAAAAACAAAAGGCUUCUCAGAACCUGGUGGUGCUGGCCCGAGAGGAUGCUGGAGCGGAGAAGAUCUUCCGGAGCAAUGGGGUGCAGCUCUUGCAAGGACUGCUGGACACGGGCGAGACCGACCUGAUGCUGGCCGCUCUGCGCACCCUGGCUGGCAUCUGCUCUGAGCACCAAUCCCGGACAGUGGCCACCCUGAGCGUGCUGGGCACUCGGCGCGUUGUCUCCAUCCUUGGCGUGGAAAACCAGGCCGUGUCCCUGGCGGCAUGCCACCUGCUGCAGGUGAUAUUUGAUGCCCUCAAGGAAGGCGUUAAGAAAGGCUUCCGAGGGAAAGAGGGCGCCAUCAUCGUGGAUCCUGCCCGGGAGCUGAAGGUCCUCAUCAGUAACCUUCUGGAGCUGUUGACUGAGGUGGGGCUCUCAGGCCAAGGCCGAGACAACGCCCUGACCCUCCUGAUCAAAGUGGUGCCCCGCAAGUCUCCUAAGGACCCCAACAACAACCUCACCCUCUGGGUUAUUGACCAAGGUCUGAAAAAGAUUCUGGAGGUGGGGGGCUCCCUGCCGGACCCUUCUGGGGAGCCCGCGGUGACCGCCGGCAGCCGCAUGAGUGCCUCCAUCCUCCUCAGCAAGCUCUUCGACGACCUCAAGUGUGAUGCCGAGAGGGAGAACUUCCACCGGCUCUGUGAAAACUACAUCAAGAGCUGGUUUGAGGGCCAAGGGCUGCCCGGGAAGCUGCGGGCCAUCCAGACGGUGUCCUGCCUCCUGCAGGGCCCAAGUGAGGCCGGCAACCGGGCCCUGGAGCUGGGUGGCGUCAUGGAGAGCAUCCUCGCGCUGUGCGGCUCGGAGCAGGAGGAGGAGCAGCUGGUGGCCGUGGAGGCCCUGAUCCACGCCGCCGGCAAGGCCAAGCGGGCCUCCUUCAUCACCGCCAACGGUGUCGCGCUGCUCAAGGACCUGUACAAGCGCAGCGAGAGGGACAGCAUCCGCAUCCGGGCGCUGGUGGGGCUCUGUAAGCUUGGUUCGGCCGGCGGGACGGACUUCAGCAUGAAGCAGUUUGCCGAAGGCUCCACGCUCAAGCUGGCCAAGCAGUGCCGGAAGUGGCUGUGCAAUGCCCAGAUUGACGCAGGCACUCGGCGCUGGGCAGUGGAGGGCCUGGCUUACCUCACCUUCGACGCCGAUGUGAAGGAAGAAUUUGUGGAGGACAAGGCUGCUCUGAAGGCUGUGUUCCAGCUCAGCAGGUCGGAGGAGAGGUCGGUGCUCUUUGCGGUGGCCUCGGCGCUGGUGAACUGCACCAACAGCUACGACUACGAGGAGCCUGACCCCAAGAUGGUAGAGCUGGCCAAGUACGCCAAGCAGCAUGUGCCUGAGCAGCACCCCAAGGACAAGCCGAGCUUCGUGCGGGCUCGGGUAAAGAAGCUGCUGGCAGCGGGGGUGGUGUCGGCCAUGACGUGCAUGGUGAAGACCGAGAGCCCCGUGCUGACGAAUUCCUGCCGGGAGCUACUGUCCCGGGUCUUCCUGGCGUUGGUGGAGGAGGCGGCGGACCGGGGUACUGUGGUUGCCCAGGGAGGAGGCAAGGCCCUGCUCCCGCUGGCCCUGGAAGGCACUGACGUAGGGCAGAUAAAGGCGGCUCAGGCUCUCGCCAAGCUCACCAUCACCUCCAACCCAGAGAUGACCUUUCCUGGCGAGCGGGUCUACGAGGUGGUGCGGCCCCUCGUCUCCCUGUUGCACCUCAAUUGCUCGGGCCUGCAGAACUUCGAGGCGCUCAUGGCUCUAACGAACCUGGCGGGGAUCAGUGAGCGGCUCCGACAGAAGAUCUUGAAGGAGAAGGCUGUGCCCAUGAUUGAGGGCUACAUGUUUGAGGAGCACCAGAUGAUCCGCCGGGCUGCCACGGAGUGCAUGUGUAACCUGGCCAUGAGCAAGGAGGUGCAGGAGCUGUUUGUCGCUGAGGGCAAUGACCGGCUGAAGCUGCUGGUGCUGUACAGUGGAGAGGAAGAUGAGCUGCUGCGGAGGGCGGCUGCCGGGGGCCUGGCCAUGCUCACCUCCCUGCAGCCCGCCCUCUGCAGCCGCAUCCCACAAGUGACCACACACUGGCUGGAGAUCCUGCAGGCCCUGCUCCUGAGCUCCAGCCGAGAGCUGCAGCACCGGGGCGCCGUGGUGGUGCAGAACAUGGUGGAGGCCUCCAGGGAGAUCGCCAGCACCCUGAUGGAGAGCGAGACCCUGGAGCUCCUGUCAGUGCUGGCCAAGGGCGAGGAGGGCCCCGUCACAAGGGCGGCCGCCGCCUGCCUGGAGAAGGCAGUGGAAUACGGCCUUAUCAAACCCAACCCGGAUGGAGAGUGAGCGCUGCCCCUCAGUGACAUGGCCCAGGCACACCUGUGCACAGGCACACUGCACCUGUCGCUGCACUGGGAGCCAAGAGCUCAGCCGCUUUGGCUAGAUGGGACUGGGAUGCGGGACAUUCUGGCCUCCGCUAUCCAGCUGCUGCCCUCUGCUGGCCUCACUCAGCCCCACAGCCCUGCUCUGCAGCCCUGUCUCCAGCCUCACGCACUGGGGCCCUUUCCUGCACUACUGAGAUGACUGCCGCGGGUAGCUGGAUCCCUAGCAGCAGCAGAGGCACACCAAGCAGUCGCCUCAGCUGUGGGCAUGCCCGAGGCCUGCUCGCUGACUCACCUUGACCAGCUAAUAAAAGUUUGUGGAACUCUUUAA